GAUCGAAAGUGAGAAUCUUCAAAGAUAUACACAUUUAUAGAAGAAGAUGAGAGAAAAAGUGAGUGUUUUUGUGUGUGUUUGUGUGUUAAUGUUUGGAUCAAUCUGUUUCGGAACUUUCCUUGUGGAGAAAAACAAUUUGAAGGUGACAUCACCUGAGUCAGUGAAAGGCGUCUACGAAUGUGCAAUAGGAAAUUUUGGGGUGCCUCAAUAUGGAGGAACAAUGGUUGGCUCAAUAUUCUACCCCAAAUCCAAUCAGAAGGGCUGCAAGCCUUACAAAGACUCCGACGUUUCGUGGAAGAACAAGCCCGGUGGCAUCCCCAUCUUCCUCCUUGCAGAUCGAGGAGAGUGCUAUUUCACUUUGAAGGCGUGGAACGCUCAGAAUGCGGGAGUGGCGGCCAUCCUCGUUGCAGAUGACCGAGUCGAGCCUCUGAUCACGAUGGACACGCCCGAGGAUGGUGACACGCAGCCGGAUUACCUCCAAAACAUAAGCAUUCCUUCAGCAUUGAUCAGCAAAGGGCUAGGCGAUAGGAUCAAAGAAGUGUUGUCGAAGGGGGAGUUUGUGAGCAUCAAUCUUGAUUGGAGAGAGGCUCUCCCGCACCCGGAUGAGCGAGUUGAGUAUGAGUUUUGGACUAAUAGCAACGACGAAUGUGGCCCAAAAUGUGAGAGCCAGUUGAAUUUCCUGAUGAAUUUCAAAGGGGCUGCUCAGAUUCUUGAGCGGAAGGGAUACACCGAGUUCACUCCUCAUUACAUCACGUGGUACUGUCCCGAGGCGUUCAUCAUGAGUCAGCAGUGCAAGUCGCAGUGCAUAAACUACGGGAGGUACUGCGCUCCUGACCCCGAGCAGGACUUCAGCAGAGGUUAUGAUGGCAAGGAUGUGGUUGUCCAAAACCUGAGGCAGGCGUGUUUCUUUAAGGUUGCGAAGGAAAGUGGGAAGCCGUGGCAAUGGUGGGACUACGUGACAGACUUUUCGAUCAGGUGUCCAAUGAAAGACAAGAAGUAUAACAAAGAGUGUGCUGAUAGAGUGAUCAAGUCACUUGGAUACGACGUUAGGAAGAUCGAUCAGUGCAUUGGAGAUGUUGAGGCGGACGUAGACAACCCUGUCCUAAAAGCAGAACAAGAAGCACAGAUUGGGAAAGGCCCGCGAGGAGACGUGACUAUACUGCCGACGCUAGUUAUAAACAAUCGGCAAUAUAGAGGCAAGUUGGACAAAGCAGCAAUUCUCAAGGCCAUUUGUUCGGGUUUCGAAGAGACUACUGAGCCUGCCAUUUGCUUGAGUCGAGAUAUGGAGACGAACGAGUGCCUACAGAACAAUGGAGGAUGCUGGCAGGAUGAUUCUGCUAACGUUACCGCUUGCAGGGACACUUUCCGGGGGAGGGUGUGCCACUGCCCGGUCGUGCAAGGAGUUAAGUUUGUAGGCGAUGGCUAUACUCACUGUGAAGCUUCUGGGCCUUUGAGGUGUGGGAUAAGCAAUGGAGGGUGUUGGAAGGAAAAGAGGCACGGUCGAACGUAUACAGCUUGCACUUUGCAGGAUGAUCAUAUAUCAGGUUGCAGUUGCCCACAGGGAUUUAGAGGAGAUGGUGUAAGAGAUUGUGAAGAUGUGGAUGAAUGCAAGGAAGAGCUAGCAUGCGAAUGCCCAAAUUGCAAGUGCAAAAACACAUGGGGGAGUUAUGAAUGCAGCUGCAAAAACCAUUUACUUUACAUUCAUGAACAUGAUACAUGUAUUAGUAAAGAGGGUGGGAUAAGUGAAGUGAGUUGGGGCAUAAUGUGGGUGGUCAUUCUAGGCUUGUGUGUGGCUGGAGUAGUUGGCUAUGCUCUUUACAAAUAUAGGCUUCGGGGUUACAUGGAUUCGGAGAUAAGGGCUAUAAUGGCUCAGUACAUGCCCUUGGACAAUCAAGCCGAACUUCCUCAAGGGACCACCGUCUAAGCAGCUAUGUAGACUAAUGUUUUGGUGCAUGAGGACUAAACUCAAGAUCACUCCUUUUUUAUUCGGUACAAAUUAUUUCGAUGCUUUAAUUGAUUACUAUAUAUUUAUCAAAUAUAUUUCAUGUUUAUAGUGAAAAUAUGUCUUGACUUGAG